AUGAGCUCGGUUGUACCUGCAAAGCAUGCGAGCUCUAGGUCAUCCGCGUCCUCGAUUUCAGCGCGAAGCGACAACGACGGGUACCUCUCCCUGAACAAGUUCAUACUGUAUGAGAAUAGGCUCCGUUUUUAUAUUGUCGCCUCAAACGCCUCCGAUUCCCGACACCGCAUUUUAAAGAUUGAUCGUUGCUCUCAAGAAGAGCUCGUUGUUAUUGAGGACGAAACAAUAUACAGUGGGAAGCAGAUGACUGCCUUGCUGAAGAUGCUGGAUGACGGGAACAAGUCAUCUGGAGGCCUGGGAAAGGCUCGAGUGUUCUUUGGACUGGUCGGAUUCAUGCGAUUCACUGCAGGGUGGUACAUGGUCCUCAUUUCCAAGCGAUCCGUAGUCGCUCUACUCGGGGGUCAUUAUCUAUAUCACUGCGAGAGCACAGAUAUAGUUCCAAUCUCUUUCAACCACAAGCUUGAACGACCGGCAGAAGAACAGAGAUUGAUGAAUAUCUUCAAGCAAGUAGAUAUGUCCAAGAACUUCUAUUUCAGCUACACGUACGAUCUGACCUCUACCUUGCAACAUAAUAUGACGCAGCCAGACGGGCAUCGAAAGGGCAAAGUCCCUUUUAACGAUCGUUUCGCCUGGAACUACCAUAUGCUCACGUCUGCAUUCGAGGGCCGAGAUCGUCCUUCCUUGAAGGCACACUGGCUCUUGCCUCUCAUCCAUGGCCAUGUCGAUCAAGCAAAGUUGACCGUACUGGGUCGCGUUGUCUACGUGACAUUAAUUGCUAGACGAUCCCGCCAUUAUGCGGGAGCCAGGUAUCUGAAGCGUGGUGUGAAUGACGAGGGCAACGUCGCGAACGAGGUCGAGACGGAGCAAAUAGUCUCAGAGGCUUUGACGACGCCGUUCUACUAUCCUGCAAAACGAAGCUCUCCUACCGGCCCGCAGGAGCGUCGACCCAAUCCGCAUUACACCAGUUUUGUCCAGUAUCGAGGCAGCAUUCCCAUUUACUGGACUCAGGAAACAAGCAGCAUGACUCCAAAGCCACCGAUUGAAAUCAGUGUGGUCGAUCCCUUCUUCACCGCUGCUGCUCGGCAUUUCGACGACCUCUUCGAGCGUUACGGGGCUCCUAUUAUGGUGCUGAACCUCAUCAAGGAACGUGAACCGCAGCCGCGGGAGUCUAAGUUACUCGCCGAGUACACACAAUGCAUAAAUUACCUCAACCAGUUCCUGCCUCCUGGAAAGCAGUUAUUGUAUCGUCCCUGGGACAUGUCAAGAGCUUAUAAGGAGAAGACUCGGGAUGUGAUCGGUUACCUGGAAGACAUCGCGGAAGAAGCAAUCCAGAUGUCGGGUUUCUUCCACUCGGGUCCAGAGGCAUAUUCACAUGAACUGAAGAACAAGGAAAGAGGUGGCCCGGAGCUUACCUGGCGCAACACUAUAUCCUUGCAGAAUGGAAUUUGUCGCACAAACUGUGUAGACUGCCUUGAUCGGACCAACGCGGCGCAAUUCGUGUUUGGGAAGCGCGCUUUAGGACAUCAGUUAUAUGCGCUGGGUGUAGUCGACAGUCCCAACCUAGUCUUUGACUCGGAUGCCGUGAAUAUGUUGACCGAGAUGUAUCACGACCAUGGAGACACCAUUGCAUUACAAUACACGGGCAGCGCCUUAGUCAACCGAGUCGAGACCUAUCGACGCAUGCCUCACUGGAACAGCCAUUCGCGAGACAUCAUUGAGAACUUCCGUCGAUACUAUACGAAUUCUCUCCUGGAUGCUGAUAAGCAGACUGCUAUCAACCUUUUCCUUGGAGUGCAGAGUGAAAGGCCCCUAACACAACCGCCAAGAAGAGGUGGAUAUCGUCAGUGGUUCCACCCCGAACAUCUGGAGCCCCCUUACGUUCUCGGGCGAUGUGAGAAAGGUAUAAAUGACUUUGCCAAGCACAAGAGCGACUUCUGGGUCGAGUACUAUCGGCCCCUGCUGUUCACGUCUUUGGGGAAACACUUUGCUUAUUCUAUGAACAGUACACUCAAGCUUCCCGGGAAAACGGCGAGGGAUAUCAACUUCAGCCCAUUUGUCACGCAGAAUACGAAUGGUGUACAUCAUCAUCCACGCCUCAUGGAUGGGGUGCGACGAUGGAUGGGCGGGGAUAUGACCCCAACUCGUCGCCCUCAUAGUAGGGCUGUUCAGAGGACUGAAGUGGAGAAAGCAAGAUCGGACACUGAAGACAUUCACCACUCCAGCAAGACGCUCGCCCUGCACCUGCUUGACCCUUGGGUACCGCCCGAGGAAGAAUCAGAGUACCAAGGGUAUAUCGACCAAUGUCAGGACUUGCUGGUGGCGUCAAUCGCUGGAGAGGAAGAAUUAGAAGAGAAAGACAUCAUUCGAUACCAUUCGUCAAUCAGUGCUGGAGCUGGAGAAAUUCUGGAGGUUGAGGAUGAUGACCUGGAUACCUUCGAAGGUUAUGUGCAGCGUGGGUUGACGGAACAUGCCCGAGAGCCGCUGUGGAGCUAUGAGAGAUGGAUGGCGGACACGACUAGACCGGGCUGAUACGCUCAUUAUAUGUAACAGUAGGAGAUCCGG